AUGAGGACUACUAGCACUGUGUCUGCGGUCAUUGCUUCUGCUGCUAUUGCUAUGUCCCAGAAUACGGACACUGCAAAUACAGAGAGCAUUUUGACCGGCGUCGUGCCACCCACAGAGACUAUCCUGACCGGCGUUACACAUUCCACGGAGAGCAUCUUGACUGGUGUUACACACUCCACCGAAAGCAUUCUGACCGGCGUUACGCGCUCUUCGGAGAGUAUCUUAACUGGCGUAACACACUCUACUGAGAGCAUCCUAACCGGCGUUACACACUCCACAGAGAGUAUUCUGACGGGAGUUACGCGCGAGACUUCUAUUCCCCACUCCAGUGAAACCAUCUUGACCGGAGUCACUCACGAGACAUCGAUUGGUUCCUCCACCGAGAGUAUCUUGACUGGUGUUACUCACGAGACCUCGGUUGCCUCCUCUACCGAAAGCAUCUUGACUGGAGUUACCCGCGAGACUUCCGUUCCUGGUACUACUCAAGGCUCUCCCACGGGCGGUACCAAUCCCCCUCCAACUGGUACAAAUACAAUUAUCCCUACGGCCGGCGCUACAUUUAUCACAAAGAGCAGCUGGCUGGUUUCUGGGGUUGCCGUUUUCAUGGCGGCACUGAUGGUAUAA